AUGGUGAUACACAAUACUGGCCCAUUAGCAGACACAGGCCUGGGAUUAGCCGGUCCAGAAGACGAAGAAACUCUCACAGCCUUCGCGAGCGUGAGGACACUGCCGGAAAAAUCUACCAUCACCACCAUCACAACACCGCCGUCAGUAUACAAAGUGCCGGCCAUCACUUGCUACACAACCACCAUCCAGCACACGUCAGCAACACCACUCUCGCCCAGCCCAUCAGACACCAUUGACAUCUCUCUCAAUGUAAUCAGUGACAAUAAUUUCCAUGACUACCGGCACAGUACCGCCAUCACAAUUGCAAUCACCACAUCAUCACCGUCACCAUUCAUCUAUGACCUUCCUCUCGCCAGCAAAAACACCUACACCAUCGCUGCUACAGUCGCGAUCAUUGCCAUCUCUAACACAUGUAGCAGGCCGCCAUUCCCAACACAAUUGCCACCUCGUUCGACAAUGCCUCAAUCAGUGAACACACCGUCUCGUGGAAUACGGUGGGAUUCACAUCACCAGCACUUCACCACUGCGACUCCUCAGGGCUAUAAAUCACAUCACCCAGGACCCUCUGCUUAUCUGGACCACCUGGUGGUGACUUUGGACGACUGGGUGACACAUCUGACCCGUCUCCGGAGGCUGAUGGGUCGGUUGCAGGAAGCAGGUCUUACAAUUAACCUGGCCAGGUCCACCUUCAGGAAGUCUACGAUGGUCUACUUGGGACAUGUGGUGGGGAACGGCAAGGUUCGCCCCAGGAGCAAACGUGGAGGCCACCCUUGGCUUCCUACCACCAGGACAGCUCUCGUGAGGUUCUUGGGGAUGGCUGGUUUCUACAGACGGUUCUGUAGGAACUUCUCCAUCCUGGCCGCCCCCCUGACGGACCUUAUCAACACUUCUGUUGCCUUCCGAGGGGCCGCCCUCCCCCUGACGGACCAUAUCAGCACUUCCGUCCCCUUCCACUGGACUGCGACCAAGCCUUCCAACAUCUUGAGGCGUUCCUCUCCUCGGAACCAGUGGUCUGGACGCCAGAUCACUCCCACCCCUUCCAUCUACAAGUGGACGCGAUUGGAGUUUUUUGAGUGCUACCUUCAUCCUGGCCCUCAAACUACGAAGAUCUUCACCGAUCACAACCCUUUUGGCCUUCCUUCACGCCAAGAAGAACCGAAACCAACGCAUACUUAGGUGAGGUGGGCUUUGUUAAACUCUACCUUUCAACUUGAAUGAAAGUCCACCUUAUCAACGGGGUGGACGCCGACGCCUUUGUUAACUCGACCUUUCAACUUGAAUGAAAGUCCACCUUAUCAAAGGGGUGGACGCCGACGCCUUAUCAAGAUCUCCCGUCUCACCACCUUCAUGAGCCCGUUACGGAGGUCUUAGGGGAGGGAAUGUUCAAGGCCCGCCCGUAACCUACUCCACUACCAUCACCUCCUCCGCUUGCUACCUCGUUCUCCACGUCACCGUCUCCUGAAGCCCCGCUCCUGUCCCGAAGUAGGAUUCACGUGGCCCCAUUUGACUCGAGCAGAAGUGUUAGGCGAGCUCCCUGAUUUUUGAAAGUCAGUCGAGGUCUAGGUUUAACCAGUGAAGACACCGCCUCUGUGGGAUUCACAUCACCCAGCACUUCACCGCUGCGACGCCUAAGUUUCCCCUCGUCCUGUUUUUCCACAUUGCCUCCAUAUAGGAUUAGUAUCAUUAAGUAUUAAGUUGGGUUCUUUAGGGUUAUAUCUAUUUCUUAUAA